AUUGUAGUUAGGCUACUUUUUUUGGUGCUGUGGAACUUGAAAUUUUGCCUUCAUGGAGGAUUACCACAAACCUGACCAGCAGACAGUGCAGGCGCUGAGGAACAUCGCCAACCGCCUCCGGAUCAACUCCAUCAAGGCAACGACUGCAGCAGGCAGUGGACACCCCACAUCAUGCUGCAGUGUGGCAGAAAUCAUGUCUGUGCUUUUCUUCCACACCAUGAAGUACCGCCCUGAAGACCCAAGGAACUUCAACAGUGACCGCUUCAUCAUGUCCAAGGGCCAUGCUGCUCCAGCCCUGUACUCCAUGUGGGUUGAAACAGGCUUCCUGAAGGAGAGCGAGAUGCUGAGCAUGUGCCAGGUUGACUCUAACCUGGAAGGCCACCAAACCACUAGGCAGCAAUUUGUGGAUGUAACUACUGGCUCUUUGGGACAGGGUCUUGGUGUGGCCUGUGGAAUGGCUUAUACCGGGAAAUACUUUGACAAAUCCAGUUAUCGUGUGUACUGCCUGGUGGGGGAUGGUGAGAUGUCAGAGGGUGCUGUGUGGGAGGCCAUGUCCUUCGCCUCCUACUACCAGCUUGACAACCUGGUGGCCAUCAUGGACAUCAACCGCCUGGGCCAAAGUGACCCUGCACCCCUGCAGCAUCACGUAGAGAAAUAUCAGAAACGCUGUGAAGCUUUUGGUUGGCAUGCCAUCAUUGUGGAUGGACACAGUGUGGAAGAGCUUUGCAAGGCUCUGAGCCAGCCACGCCAUCAGCCUACAGCCAUCAUUGCUAAAACCAUCAAGGGCAAAGGCAUUCCAGCUGCUGAAGAUAAGCUGGGUUGGCAUGCCAAAACUCUGCCCAAAGACAUGGCCGAGAUGGUUAUGAAGGAUCUGCAGAGUCGAAUCAUGAACAGCAGCAAACACCUGUACCCUCCUGCUCCCGUAGAGGACUCCCCUCCGGUCAGCCUGAGGAACGUCAGGAUGCCCAGCGCACCCAGUUACAAGGCUGGAGAAAAGAUUGCCACGCGUAAGGCCUACGGGAUGGCGCUGGCCAAGUUGGGCCGCUACAAUGAGCGUGUUGUGGCCCUUGAUGGAGACACAAACAACCUCACCUACUCAGAGAUCUUCAAGAAUGAGCAUCCCAACCGUUUUGUGGAGUGCUACAUUGCUCAGCAGAACAUGGUCGGUGUUGCCAUGGGAUGUGCUGCCCGUGACAGGAACGUCGUGUUUGCCAGUACUCUUGCUUCCUUUUUCACCCGUGCUUAUGACCAGCUUCGCAUGGCAGCCAUCUCAGAAAGCAACAUCAAUCUAUGUGGCUCCCACUGCGGCCUGUCCACUGGAGAGGAAGGCCCCUCCCUGAUGGGUCUAGAGGACAUGGCUAUGUUCAGGGCCCUUCCCACAGCAACCAUUUUCUAUCCCAGCGAUGGUGUGUCUACAGAGAAGGCUGUGGAACUGGCUGCAAGCACAAAGGGUGUUUGCUACAUCCGGACCAGCCGCCAAGACAGCGCCAUCAUCUAUAACAGCAAUGAAGACUUCCAUGUUGGACAGGCUAAGGUGGUUUACCAGAGCAAGGAGGACCAGGUGACCGUGGUGGCCGCUGGAGUGACUCUGCAUGAGGCUCUGGCUGCAGCUGAACAUCUAAAGAAAGAGAGGAUCUCCAUCAGGGUCAUUGACCCGUUCACAAUCAAACCGCUGGAUGUCAAAACCAUCAUCGACCACACACGUGCCACCAGGGGAAGAAUCCUCACUGUGGAAGACCAUUACUAUGAGGGUGGCCUUGGGGAGGCAGUGUGCUCAGCAAUGGUCAAUGAGUCUGGCUUCAGUCUGCAUCGCUUGGCUGUGUCCCAUGUCCCCCGCUGUGGCAAACCACACGAGCUGCUCAAGAUCUAUGGCAUCGAUCGUGAUGCCAUCGCCCAGGCCGUCCGCAAGAUGCUCAGCAGCUCCACCAAUGCCAAGUAACUUUUUUUCCCCGCCCCACCCACCCGUUUGAUCACAACCCUGCAGGUGAAGAUUAACAGUCAAGUAUGUUUUUGAUUCACAUGACACCCAGCUCUUUAAAUUCCUUCACUGUGAAUUCCCCUAAGUGUUUACCAAAGUAAUGUGAUUUUGUGCUGUACACUUAAAAGUAGACUCCCACAUUUACCUUUCUUUCAAGCAUCCAUCACAUCACACACAAAAAUGGAGACACACAAAUGCAAAUACACAUAUCUUCACUCCUAAACUCAGCAUUGUUAUGCUUCCAGUUUAGUAUUCAAAACGUGGCCAUAAUUGACUUUGCUGGUAGUUGAUUGGUGGAUGCUCACCAUACAAAACAACACAUUGUUACAUGUUCAACAAUGUGAUGCUCUCAUGUGUUUUUGAAAUGCUUUUUGUUUAACCUCAUUCAGCUGGAAAUGUUUUUAUAUUGUUCUGAUGUAGCUCAUAAAACUGGGUGGGGCGUAGUAUCAAAGUAGCUGUUUAUCAUGGCCACAGUGUCAGAGAGAGGCUAACUGAGUUGUUGUUUGUAGAAGUUAGAGAAGAAAAAAAUCAAACAAAUGUAGGUAGGUUUAAAAAGAAAAGUCACACAAAACUGCAAUUCACAUCUUCAGGCAAUUCAAGCUUUUGUAGUUGGCAAAAGUUGCAUCAUUUCUCUUUAGCACUGUCUUUUGUUAUUGAUUUCAAAGUUUACCCACACAAUUCAGCGUUCAUUUGUGCUAAAGCUGUACAUUUGGACCAUACCAGCAGUGUGACGACAAUCAUUGUGUGGUCAAAGACAUCCUCUUUUUUACAUAAGGUGGAGGGCUAAAUGUCCCUCCAGUGCUGACGGAGAAUAUGGUUGGCUGUGACUGUGAAGGUAGAGUUACAUCUGACUUGUGAACCCAAGAACAAACACUUUUUUUGUUACUUGAAAUUUUGUAUGUACCUUACUUUCAUGUA